AUGGUUAAUCUUCCUAAUACCUGUAUCAUCUUAUCAGAUGGUGUCGAAUAUGAUGUAACGAAUGGAAAUUUGGCCAGGCCCGAAUUUGCUGAAGUUGUCCAUCGUUAUCAAAAGAAGGACGUUGGUAAUCUUGCCAAGGGCAUUAGCGUCGACAAUCAAAAAGACGCAGAGAUAAUUCGCGAACUUUUGGAAAAUGGUUCGAAACCGGUCAAGAAUAAAGAGUUUAGUGAUCUAGUGGACCAAAACAUCGGCGAUGGUUACGGUAACGACUUUGUUGUGAAGCCUACCAAUAUUGAUAAGGAUUAUGAAAAGAAUCGAUUCUUGGAUUUGAAAAAGCCCAUGGUGCCACAGAUUCUUUUCAGCAAUAUGUCUAAAGAUGUAUAUUUGGACCAAGUUCACCGUCCUCGCCAUUAUAAUGGAAGCGGUUCUGCUCCUUUGUUUGGUAACUUUAUGGAACCUUUCAGUAAAACCCCUUGGUAUGCGAUACCUAUGAUUUGGAUCCCUUGCAUCACAUACUUUUUUAUGCAGUCUUGUACCGGUAUUCCUGUUCCUCUCGCCUUCACCAUGUUUUUUAUUGGUCUUGGUGUCUGGAGCAUUGUGGAGUACUUUAUGCACCGUUGUCUAUUUCACUUAGACGAGUAUACGCCAGAUCACCCCGUAUUCCUUACUUUACACUUUUUGUUCCAUGGUGUUCAUCACUUCUUGCCUGCUGACAGAUAUCGCCUUGUUAUGCCCCCGACGCUCUUCAUCUUCUUUGCUACCCCUUGGUACCGUUUGGUGCGUUUGAUUCUGCCUUACCAUUUGGCCAUUGCUGGUUUCUCUGGUGGUGUCUUUGGUUAUGUCUGCUAUGACUUGACUCACUAUUUUUUGCAUCAUAAGCGUUUGCCCCAUGGAUACUUCACUGAAUUAAAGACCUGGCACUUGGACCACCAUUACAAGGAUUACAAAACCGCCUUCGGCGUCACCAGUUCAUUUUGGGACCGCGUAUUUGGAACGCUUGGACCUUCUUUGACCAAUAAAGCCCCCGCAGACACUGUCAAAGUUAAGUAA